CAUAAAUUUUAUAAUUUACAAUGGCUUAUUUUUCCUCAUUUAUUGGAGAGAAUAGGUUUUUGGUGCUUUCUCAAUUUUCUUUUUGAAUAGUUCUUAAAAUUUAUUCAGAAAAACACUUUUGUACAGAUUUAGCUACUUAAAAAACAUAGCAUUAAUUGUUUUUUUUUAAACAUAGUAUAUUAUGGAGAAACUAAAGUCUUGUAGCAAGCCAUGAAUGAAGUUGUCCAUCAUACUUUCGGGUUUCGAGUAACAUUGACUGUGAGGCAUUGUUUCCUGACCUGCAUGUCAAGCAUCUUCACCAUCGAUGCGGUUAGAGUUUGGAGAGCUCCAUGUCUUCUGUUAUUCGGUUCACGCCAAAGUGAAUAAAGAGUGAUAUGGAAAAUAUAUCUCAAGAGGAAAAAAUGCUUUGUUUCUUGCAUUGAGUCGAUAAGAAACCCAAUUAAGUCUUCCCAGUGCAUAGUAUACCGCGAGAGGAGAACACUGGCUGAACAUACUUCUUGAGAAAAGUCGUAAUUAAAAAAGAGAUGGUCUCACGAUUCCGAAUAGUGUUGGCAGAGAAUACACAUAAUAGGGUCAGAGCCGGUAUUGGGCAAAGCCUAACGAAACAUUGGCUUUAAGUCCUCAAUUUUUUUGAAAAAUAUUACAUAGAAAAAGCUUACUGUAGGGUCAAUACCCACUUCCACGCAAGCAUACAGUCUGCAGUUGUAACCGAUUAUGCAUGGCCAUUGGCCAGCCACGUGAGGAAAUCAUAUUUUGGAUUAGCAUUAGCAAACCAUACACACGAAUACCAGCUCACUAUUGGUGCAAUACUCCUCAAAAGAUUGUAAGUAUUUUUGUUUGUACUGAAUUGUCUUAUGAAAGUCUCUGCAUUAUGUUUCCAUAAAGUAACAUCAUCACCUACGGUCAUUUUCAUACGCGCUGUUGGUUCAGAGCUUCAAUCAUACCAUAGAUUUCCAAUCUGUGUUGUCUUGUCCGACGAGUUAGAGUAGUUGUUACACUUGCAGUCAAAGAGAUUCCCAUAUCAAUGCAUCUCCUCACUCCAACAAGGUAUCGGACAGGGUUCUCAAAAGUCUUAUAGCUUCUCUUCUAAUCUCUUUGAUCAUCAAUAAAUAUGUUUCAAAUAACUUACUAUCGAAUUCAAUAUGUAAUGGAAUCCGUGCAUGCUUCCAGUGCGUGCCGAUCUCAUAUUAAACAACAUUCCCGGUUUAGGCUUGAGAAAGUAAAACACUCUAAUUUAUGUAAACACCAAAUCAACCAUCUACAACAAGUAUAAAGAGGUGUGCACGUACUCACUUUGCCGGCUUCCAAUUAAAUAAUAUAACUGAAAGCAGCUAUUUGUUAUACGUUAUAACUGUUAUAAUUCAUGGAACCGAAGAGUUUUAGCAUCCCAUUUACUAAUUACUAUAUGUAGUUUCUUCUCUACUUUUCGAAUAAAAACCAUCUAUUAUUGCAAUUUUUGUUAACAAUAGAAGUUUCGGGUUUUUUACUUAUAAUUUCUAGACUUAGAGUUGGUUUUUACAUAUUCCGAUUUAAAUAAUAAUCUUGUGUAUCAAAUUUUGUUUUAAUCCAAGACCAUUAGACCUACCGCUGAUAGGUUAAUUCGCAUUUUCUUUUCAUCUUUAGUAUUGGUUUAUUUAUAAUUCUAAAAAUCAUAACUCCAGAAUAAAUAAUUAAAUGGAAUAUGCUAGGAAGAACAACGAAGCAGAGAAAUUUUUUUAAAUAAAAAGAAGAAAAAAAAACUUAAAAGAGGUUAUUUAUAACUUAAUGUAUCUGUCGUUAAAUCUGUUGAAUAGUUCUAACAAAACACAAUCGUUACAAAAGUCAAUUGGGUUCCCACGAAACGGUGGGGCCCUUCGUGACCAGGAGAAUCAAAAAGAAGAUGGGAAAAGGCUGGUUGGCAUGUGUCUCGGUUUCGUGUUUAUCAUCAGGAAAAGACAAAAAACAACAAAGACCAGAGAAAGAGAAGAAGAAAUGGUCUGGGAGACAAAAGAGUAGAGAAUCCAUUGAGUUCUCUGAGGAGAGGACUUCUCCGAUUGACCCUUCAUCUUCAUCUAUAACUCGGCCGUCUCCUUAUCCUCCUCCCUUGCCGGAUUUCGCUCCUCAGCCAUUGUUGCCACCACCAUCCCCUCCUCCUCCUCCUCCUCUUCUCCAUCCUCUUCCGGCAUCUGCCAGCAAUGAAGAAAAUGGUGGUUCCAAAGAAGCAAAGACUAGACAAGCUCUGGCUCUUGCAUCGGCUGUUGCAGCCGAAGCAGCUGUGGUGGCUGCGCAUGCUGCCGCGGAGGUUGUACGUCUCACGAACACGACAUCCACAAAUCAAGUUAGGGAAUCAAAGGAGGAAGCUGCCGCAAUCAAGAUCCAAAAUGCGUAUAGAUGUUACAAGGCAAGUCGAACUCUACGCAUGCUGCGAGGGAUGGCCAGACUCAAGACACUUCUGCAAGGAAAAUACGUCAAAAGACAGAUGAACGCGAUGCUUAGCUCAAUGCAAACACUUACACGUUUACAGGCACAGAUUCAAGAGAGGAGGAAUCGGUUAUCUGAAGAGAACAAAGCUCGUCAGAGGCUGGUUCAACAGAAGGGUCACCAAAAAGAACAACACAAAAACCAGAGUUUGAUUAUCGCUGGAGAUUUUGAUUCCACCAAUAGAUCAAAGGAACAAAUCAAAGCAAAGUUUGUGAACCGAAAAGAAGCUUCUGUGAGACGUGAAAGGGCUUUGGCGUAUGCUUAUAGUCAUCAGCAAACGUGGAGAAGCUCUUCAAAACUUCCACACCAGACUCUGAUGGACGCAAACACUCCGGAUUGGGGUUGGAGUUGGCUUGAACGAUGGAUGGCUUCUCGUCCGUGGGAUCCUGAAUCCAACGACGGUCAGGCCUCCUUCAAAAACUCUCUCAAACCCGAAACCUCCAUCAAGACUUCUCCAGCCUCUAAAGCUAGCCGAAAAGCUAUCCAGUUGCCGACAAACAACGAUUCCAGGGGCAUGAAGAGCGAAGGGACUAGCCACAUGCACAACGUCGGUGGUGGGUCAUCUACAAAUGUCAAAGAUGGUGAGAGCGUUGGUAGCAGCUCUUCGUCACGCAGAAGUUCCUUUGGUAAUGCGGAAGCUGGGAACCCCAAGGCUAGUGGAGAAACUACAAGCAACCCACAACCGUUGAAGAAAUCCAAGGCUGGUGUAGAAACAACAAAAAACAUGGUUAAUGCGCAAGCUAUGAAACCAAAAGCUAGCGCGGGAACAACAUUUAACUUGGCUAGCACGCAAGCUUUGAAAUCCAAGGUUAAUGUCGGAUCAACGAGCAACUUGGGCUUGCAAAAGAAGAAGGUUGUGUCUGAUAAAAACAAACCUCCGCAAGUGGUAUUGCCAAAGAAGAGGCUUUCGUCUUCUACUUCUCUUGGGCCAGGGACGAAGGUGCCCGAUUCAGACAAAGCAACAACAGGCGCUGCAAAUGGAGAGAAAAAGAGAAGAAACGGUGGUAGCCGUUAA